UAAGAUCUGGGAUUUCUGGUGCUACUGGACGACGGAAACGGUACUUCUGUGUCGGAAGUUUACGUGGUCUUUACUGGCCAUUUGGAUGGCAACGGCACCAAAUAGGCUAUGAAAUAAACUUUUACGGUCGAGUGAGUACGUACAUAGGCGUGGAAGGAUUAAAGAGGCCGUCUUCCGAUGGCUGGUGUCUAUUUUUGUGAUUUGGAUGUAUGCGCGGCUUCUUUCAGAGCUGAGCAAAUGUCCAGAUCGACCCGCCCUGGGAUACUAGUCUUUCCCUCUUGUUCCCAAACCACCAUCGUCUCCUCCACCAAAAUGUCGGACACUCCAGAGACGGCACAUUACUUCAUAUAUGGUACUCAAAUCUAUUUCUGUGCCAUGUAUGCAGUAGUUCUCUGGGAUUGGAUGAUUAGUCUGCCCAGAGAAUGGCGCUUCGUCUGGAAGACCCAUUGGACGCCAGUCAAGGUCGCUUAUCUAUUCUGCCGAUACUGGGUAAUCAUCGUGGUUCCCUACCUUCUUUUCUGUUUCGUCGUCGACCACUCUCUUGAGACUUGCCGGAAAAUCUACAAGGUCCCCGUGGCGUUGGCUAUGUGGAAUCAAGUCGGAUCUGAAUCGGUUCUCCUUAUUCGCACCUACGCUUUCUUUAACAGAAACGUAUACAUUCUAUGGAUGUUUAUAUGUGCUAUCGGGGGUGUCGUAGCAUAUCAGCUGUACGUUGACACUACCCAGAUGCUCCUCUUGCCAUUCACGACCCCUCCAUAUGACCGUGGACCAUGUUUCCCCAUGUCCAAGCCCCAUUCUGCCCAUCUUCUUGGUUUCUUUAUUGCACCGCUUCUGUUUGACACGUUAGUGACAUUCAUGACGAUCGUGAAGGCCUUCAUGAUCCGUAGAUGCAAUGGAGGAUCCAGCAGCAGACUCAUUCAGACCUUCAUUCGUGAAGGCGUCUUUUAUUACAUUCUGAUAUCCAUUGCCAAUUUGAUUAAUGGCAUAUUUUAUCUUCAGCCGCGACAGGUAAUCUCUGCUAUCAAUAUACCUCUCAGUGUCAUGAUGGGUCCUGUGUUAGCGUGCCGCCUGAUUCUUGACCUGCGUGAGCGCGGCUCCGAGACGGUAUCACAUUCCGAAGGGACCGGAAUGGCGGCUUUCACAACCAAGUCAAUAACUCAAAACCAAACCUCUCCCUUCACGCCUCCACAUCGUUCGAAAGGUGGGUACGGCUUUGGAGGAAGCCGCCACGCCCGUACGGUGGAUUCAAAUAUCGUUCUCAGUACUCUUGGAAGUAUCCCUCCAGAUAUGGACAUGAGUCCCGAACAGGACAUCGUCGAAAUGGAUGAUAUCCGUUCGGGCUUGGGCUUGGAGUUGGGUAGCCUAAGCACCGCUAUCGGAGGUGAUGAAGGCGAACCCAUAUCUGACGAUGGUCGAAUCUGGACAGAUGACGACGUCGAAAGUGGGGAUUUUAGCCUUGGUUCAAGAAAUCCAUAUCGGGCGCUUGAGAUAGGAAUUAGACCGGCGCACGGAGUCCCGAGUCUCUCAGAAAGCGGCAUUCAAGGAAUUCAGGUCGACGUGGAGAAGGCCACCGCUUCUAUGCAACCCGAAUCAUUCUUCUAAUCUUCUAUCUGUUACGUUUCUCGUCGCAAUCCGAAAACAUGCGACUCCUCUUGUUUUCAUACCCGCGCUCACCAGCAUCUUCCUUUAUGUCCCUCUUUCUACGCAUGACGCCGACCGAAGGAAACAGCCUAUCGGUCCAUCACCAUAUAAACGGGAGAGAUUCUCUAAAACUCAUCAUUGUAGAAAUAGGCAUAAUGCCUUUCUUGUCCCAUUACGUCGUACACGUCCAUCUCUCA